AAUAGACGUCCCGAAAGAGAAUCGACAAAGUAGUUACAAUUAAGAAGUCUACUCAAUCUAUUAGUCUAUUUGAUCUAUUCCAUAUGCUAUUCAAAGUAGUUACAAUAAUUGGAAAAUCUAUUUGUUUAUUAAAUCUAUUUAUUCUAUUCUAGUGUGCUUUGUGUUAAUCGUUGCUUGAAUCAGCAGGCAUUUUGCAGAAUGAAUAUCAUUUUGAUGUCUCUCUUCUACCUCAGCAUGCUCCUGAUUGGUAUUGGAGACUCUCGACCCAAUAGAGGAAAUUCUCUACGUGGUUCUACUCGAGGCCCCCCUCCUCCUCCUCUACCAGAAGGCUCCCCUCCAAGAACCCCUCCUCCUCCUGAAGGCACCCCUCCCUCUCUCACUCCUGGACACUCCCCUACUCCUCCUCUACCUGAAGGCUCCCCUCCAAGCACCCCUCCUCCUCCUGAAGGCACCCCACCCCCUCUCACUCCUGGACGCUCCCCUACUCCUCCUCUACCUGAAGGCUCCCCUCCAAGCACCCCUCCUCCUCCUGAAGGCACCCCACCCCCUCUCACUCCAAGAACUCCCCCUCCUCAUGACGGCACCCCUCCUCCUCUUACUCCUGGACGCUCCCCUUUUCCAAAUCCUCUCACUCCUGCAAACUCCAACUUUCCACCCACUCCUGGCGGCACCCCUCCCCCUCUCACUCCAAGAACUCCCCCUCCUCAUGGCGGCACCCCUCCCACUCUUUCUCCUGGACGCUCCCCUUUUCCAAAUCCUCUCACUCCUGGAGACUCAAGCUUACCACUCACUCCUGGCGGCAACCCACCCCCUCCUACUCCAAGAAAUCCGGCUCCUCAUGGCGGCACCCCUCCCCCUCUUACUCCUGGACACUCCCCUACUCCGUCUGGAAACCCCCCUCCACCUCUCACUCCUGGAAGCACCCUUCCUCCUUUUCCCGAAGGCUCCUCCCCUCUUCACACUCCUGGACACUCCCCUACUCCUCCUGGCUCCCCUGGAAAUCAAGGCGCAGGACCGGCAUCUCCAGGCGAUGGGUUAGCUCCCCUCACAGGGUUGGAAAUACCACCGGGUAUAACAGUACCACCAUACAGUACACAGCAACCAGGAAGGAGACCAACAAUGAGAAAAGAAUCAGUUGACAAACGACAAAGGAACGUUUAAAUUAUGAACUUUGUGGUGAAAGGGUGAAACUCUCCAUAUGAGGGUGAAAUAAAUUAUGUGGAACUGACAAUAUCGAGGUCGUAAAAAAAAACAAGAAAUAAAGGUCCUCCUGGUAGUAAAUAAUACAGAAGAAAGGGCCCCUUAGUGGUAAAUGAUACAAAAGAAAGUACCCCCUAGUGCUAAAUGAUUAGAUUGGCUCUGUUUCAAAGCAUCAAUUUUCCAAUAUUAAUAUAAUUCCUACACAAUUUCCAAUAUUGACUUUCAAAUAUCAACAAAUUUAGUUCACAAUUCACAAUGCAAAUAACACUAAUGUAAUAACAUUGAAAGAUAAAAUAAUAAGAUGGUCCUUGUGCUAUUUUUCUUCCAAAUUUAUAGAUGACAAAGUCCAAGAUAAGGUUAGAAUUUCAUGUGUACAAUUUUUUUAAACUUUGGUCCAAAAUAAACAUUAAAACCAUAAAUUUUGAAUUCAGAUGGCUUAGUUGUUCUUAGAACAUGUUUCUAUUCAUGUAGUAGUAUUAUAUAUUUAUUUAUUUAUUUAUUCAUACAUUGAUAUAUACAACAUCAUUUCAACCAUAAAUGAUUGGGAAAGGAACAGCAGGCUUAAAGCUCAAAACUAUUCAAUUUUUAUUUAUUCAAGUAAGUUACAAUACAUUCUGGUUUAUACACGAAUCUACAAUAAGUUACAGUACAACCGCCAAUUAUGCAACUAUUCCUUUCCCAGAUUUGGAAAGAAACUGUCUAAAAAUAGGUUAUGUUCAUCACUUCGUAAGUUUUGUCCAAUUUUUGAUCUAAAAUCUAUAUAUAUAUAAAAGCGAAAUAUUACUAAGUGUUUAAUUUAUGAAAUAAGAGAGUGGGUAUGUAGGAAAGUUUACUUCGGACUUAAGAUUUCAGAAGAUUAAUUGACUUUUUGUUCCAGUGCUUACAUUGUUAUAUUGUACAUACAUUUAUAUUCUAGUGUUUAUACUGCAUAUUGUUUCUUCUGGCACUAAUUAAAUUGUCUUUAACAUUACCUUUAACAUUUUUGAACUCUCUUCCAGAGCUCAAGCAUUAGCUUUUCUGGGAGAGCCCAUUAUUUCAAUAUUAAAAUAAAAGAAAACAUUCGUUGAAUAUGUUUUUAAAUUAGUUUAGAUUAUAAUUAGUUAUAACAUUAUAAGAAUGUUUUUGUUUCACUUGUUUGUAAAA